AUGGAUAAGAACUUUCAAGGAGAACAGUUUACAGGAAUCAUUAAAUUUACACCUCCUUUAUACAAACAACGCUACCAGUUCAUUAAAGAUUUAGUGGGGAAAUACAAACCUAAGAAGGUGGCAGAUUUAGGAUGUGCUGACUGUACGCUUCUCUGGAUGCUGAAAUUCUGCAGUUGCAUUGAAGUGUUAGCUGGGCUAGAUGUCUGUGCAAGUGUAAUGAAAGAGAAAAUGCAUAGGUUGUCUCCUCUUCCUGGUGAUUAUUUACAACCGGCUGAAAGAUCCCUAACUGUUACUUUGCAUCAUGGUUCAGUUGCCCAUAAAGAUCCUUGCAUGCUUGGUUUUGACUUGGUAACGUGUAUUGAACUAAUAGAGCACCUGGAACAAUCGGAACUAAAGAAGUUUCCUGAAGUGGUGUUUGGUUUCAUGGCUCCAAGCAUAGUUGUGAUCAGUACUCCAAAUUCUGAAUUUAACCCUUUGCUUCCAGGAGUGACAUUAUUCAGGCAUCCAGACCAUAAAUUUGAAUGGAACCAGGCACAAUUUCAAAGUUGGGCUCUGGAGAAUGCUAGACGCUAUGAUUAUUCAGUGGAAUUUACUGGUGUAGGGCACCCACCAACAGGAAUGGAGAAUGUUGGGUUUUGUAGCCAAAUAGGUGUGUUUGUUAGAAAAUAUCCUCAGACCAGUGAAUCAGCUCAAUCUGAGAAACCCACUGAAGCAGCUUAUAAAAUGGUCUUCAAAGCAGUGUAUCCAAGUCUUAAGGAUGAGAAGUAUCUGCAGAAUGCAGUGGUCAGUGAAGUUACUUUCACAGCACAAAUCAUUAAGCAAAGUCUGGACUGCUUAAUGUCAGAACGUAAGGAGUAUAAUGAUGAUCCUACUGAGAGAAAACGCAAAUUCCAACCUUCAAGGAACUGUUUUUCAGAAGAUCUUAAAAAACUGGUUGUUGAAAAAAGCAUGGAACCAUUUGUCAAUGGGAAUGUGGUUUAUAUACCUCUUACAACAAUCUUUGCUUGUCCCAAAGUGAAUCGACUUUGUGGUACCUUUGAGAAGUUACGCAGGCUUAUUGCUGGCAAGGUCACACUGAGCAGUGAUGGUUCUGCUGUAAUGUUCAAUACUGAACAUGAAAAUGAAGAGAAUUAG